AUGAACCCCAAAUCCAAAAUUGGUGACACCAUAAUCACCACAAUAAUUUCCUCAAAUUCACGGCCAAUCCCCACUGCUCUUCUUUCCAAGCUCACCCCCGGACUGAUUCAUCUCAUUCUCUCAGACCCACAUCUCAAACUCCCCAAAUGUCUUGAUUUCUUCAAUUUCCUCUUUAAAAACCAAUCCUUGAUCAAUUUCAAGCUAAAUCUUGAGUCCCACUUCAUCCUCAUUCGCAGGCUGGUGAAAGAAAGAAAAUUCACAGAUGCUGAGCGUCUAUUGGGAUUUGUCUCUAAGGAUGAAAAGCUCAGGUACCCUUUUCCUGUUAUAGCUUCUUGCAUUCGGAAUCAAUGUGGCGAAUCCAAGAUUUCUAUAAAGAUAUUUAAUAUGAUGCUCAAAGUGUAUUCUGAUAGUCAAAGAUUCAAAGAAGUUGUGAACACUUUCAAUUUCAUGGAAAAUAAUGGGAUUCAGAUAGAUGAAAAAACUUGCACGAUUAUUUUAAUUGAACUAAUAAAAUGUGAUAAAUUGGAAUUAGCAUUGGAAUUCUUUUACAAAAUGGUGGAUAUGGGUAUCGAGGUUUCUGUAUUCUCGCUGACUGUUGUGGUUGAUGGUUUGUGUAAGAAUGGAGAGAUAAAUAGGGCUAGGGAAUUGGUGGACGAGAUGGUGAGCAGUGGAAUAAAGCCCAAUGUUAUUACAUAUAACAUACUGGUGAAUGCAUGCACAAAAAGAUGGAAAUUUGAGGAGCUGGAGAAGAUUUCGAAUUUGAUGAAAUGGGUAGGUGUGGAUAUGAAUAUGGAGACAUUCAAGUUCUUGGUUGACGGGUUUUCGAGUUGUGGGAAGAUUGAAGAAGCUGAAAAGAUUGUUUUGGAGAUGCACCAGAAGGGUUUUAUACUGGAUGCACAUUUAUAUAAUUUGGUUAUACAUGGGUAUUGUAGAUUAGGAGAUGUGGAAAGGGCUCUUUCAAUAUUUUAUAAAAUGAAAGAAGAAGGUAUCUUUCCGAAUGUUGAUACUUAUGGGAUUCUGGCAAGUCAUAUUUCCAAGAUGGGCGAGUUGGAAACUGCUAAAGACUUCAUAAAAGAAAUGCAAAGUAAGGGAAUUGAAUGA